AUGGCUACUUUACUUCCUCUUCAAUCAAAGAGACAAAAAAGAGAAUCACAAAAACCUAGAGAAGUUGAUCUAGUACCAGAAGAUUUACCAAAUGUUUUAAUUAAAUUUCAAGCUUCAGAUACUGGUGAUUCAGUAGGUGGUAGUAUUAGAGUUCCUGGUAAUAUUUCAGAACAACAAUUAGAACAAUUACUUAACCAACUUUUAGGUGAAACUGAUGAACCAGUGCCGUAUUCUUUCAGUUUAUUAAAUGAUGCUAAUAAAGGUGAUGUUAUUGAUAUUAAAGAUAAUUUAUAUUCAUCAGUUUUAAAACCAGGUAUUAAAACAACAGAAGAUUUUAUGACUUUAGUUUAUACACCAAGAGCUAUUUUUAAAGUUAAACCAGUUACAAGAUCAGCAGCUUCUAUUGCAGGUCAUACUUCUACAAUUUUAUGUACACAAUUUGCACCACAUACAAGUUCCAAAAUGGUUACAGGUGCAGGUGAUUCAACUGCAAGAAUAUGGGAUUGUGAAACUAAAACUCCUCAAUAUAUUUUAAAAGGUCAUACAAAUUGGGUUUUAUGUGUUUCAUGGUCACCAGAUGGUGAAAAAAUUGCUACAGGUAGUAUGGAUAAUACUAUUAGAUUAUGGAGUGAAAAGGGUGAAUCAUUAGGUGGUGCUUUAAAAGGUCAUACCAAAUGGAUAACGUCAUUAGCAUGGGAACCUUAUCAUCUUGUUAAACCAGGUGAUAGUCCAAAAUUAGCUUCAGCUUCUAAAGAUGGUACCAUUAAGAUUUGGGAUACUUCAAGAAGAGUUGCUUUAAUGACAUUAAGUGGACAUAGUUCAUCAGUUUCAUGUGUUAAAUGGAGUGGUGAAGGUGUUAUUUAUUCUGCUUCUCAUGAUAAAACUAUCAAAGUUUGGAAUGCAAAAGAUGGUAGAGUUAUUAAUACAUUGAAAUCACAUGCUCAUUGGGUUAAUCAUUUAUCAUUAUCAACAGAUUAUGCAUUAAGAAUGGGUCCUUUUGAUCAUACAGGUGUUAAACCAGCAAAUCAAAAAGAAGGUAUCAAGAAGGCAAGACAAUUAUAUGAAAAAGCUGCUAAAAUAAAUGGUGUUAUUGAAGAAAGAGUUGCUACUGCAAGUGAUGAUUUUACAAUGUAUUUAUGGGAACCAUUAAAAUCUGGUAAACCAAUAUGUCGUAUGACUGGUCAUCAAAAACUUGUUAAUCAUGUUCAAUUUUCACCAGAUGGUAGAAAUUUAGUUUCUGCAUCAUUUGAUAAUUCAAUUAAAUUAUGGGAUGGUAGAACUGGUAAAUUUAUUACUACAUUUAGAGGUCAUGUUGCAGCAGUUUAUCAAACAGCUUGGUCAUCAGAUUGUAGAUUAUUAGUUAGUUGUUCCAAAGAUACCACUUUGAAAGUUUGGGAUAUUAGAACCAAGAAACUUUCAGUGGAUUUACCAGGUCAUCAAGAUGAAGUUUAUUCAAUUGAUUGGAGUGUUGAUGGUAGAAGAGUUGCAAGUGGUGGUAAGGAUAAACAUGUUAGAUUAUGGACUCAUUAG